CGGAUAAAGUGACGUAACGCCCAGUGACGUAAAAUUAAAUGAAAAAACAGACGUUGUAAACAGACGCUCUCCACGUUCUUCCUAGCACCAGCAAUUAAAGCACUUUACUUUUCCCGCUGGAUUAACAUUUAUAUUUCACUAAAAAUAAUCCUUCUCACAUGGAAAAGCGUUCGAUUUCGUCUGAUAGAGCAGGUGCUCGUCGGACAACAGCAGACGAUAAGACAACAUCAUGGAUUUUAGUUCAAGAUAGUAGUGGUGAAACAAGAUUAAUGACACAGGAUGAACUUGAAAGAUGUCACAAUGUUCCCAGUUUUAUAGGUUCUGGCUUACCAGUGAAUAUAAGUUUACCAAUACAAGAACAAAAUAAUAGCAGUGAUUGUAACAUUGAGGAACCAUCAGAAAAUGCACCAGAUAUCAACAAUAACCACAUCCAUCAAAUGGUCAGUACAACUUACACAGAUGACAGCAUUGAAACAUUACGAUCACAACAACACACCAUGGAAAGACCAUGCGAGACUGGGCUAAGUUACAAAAAUGCACCCAUAGAGCUUGUAAUGGAUGAGGAUUUAGAUUCCUCUUUAACACAUGAUGGAAGUUUGUUAGAGCACAUAUCUCGACAGAUAGCUAUCCAACAGCCCUAUUUAAACCCAGACAACAAUGGCCAGCCUCUGACCUACCAUAUUGAAGAAAUACCAAUGGAAAAUGUAGAAGCUUUAGGAGACAGUUUUACCAUUGUUCCAAACAUGAUGAAUCAACACCAGCACACAUGGUUCCAGACACCACAUCAGCAAGUUGAACUCCGAGGAUCAUCACAGAAUAAGAUUUAUGAACAAGCCACAAUGUACAACCCAACAAAUCAUCAUAAACAGGCUGCAAUGUACACUCCAACUAGUCAUCAUAAACAGGUUAAUAAAACAAUGUACACUCCAACUAGUCAUCAUAAACAGGCUGAUAAUACAAUGUAUACUCCAACUAGUCAUCAUAAACAGCAACUUCAAUAUAUUCCAUCAGGAAAUAGCAGUACUCCUAUAAGAAUGCACAGUAUAUUGCAGCCAUCUGGAACAAAUGAUUCAGGUCGACAUGUCUACACACCACAUCCAAAUACUGGUCAAGUAAUAUAUGUGUCUGAGCCACAAAUACAGUACAUGUCACAGCCCCUCAAUGCAUCAACAGCAACAAUAAAAACAAAGACUACCAACACCAGUACACCAAAGAAUAAACACAAAACUAAGACAGAAGUACCUAAUUGGUCGAAGAAAUCUGAGUCAAACUUUGCCUUACAGCCAAUACAGCCAGAGAUAGCCAAUUGGUCGAAGAAAUCUGAGCCAAACUUCACCAUACAGAAAUCAGAUGCAAGUUCCAGUCAGUCACCCAAACCUGUGACAGACAAAACAGAAGAAAAGGAGAAUAUGUCACCUGACAGUUCUAAGUCUCCAGGAGAACUAGAUUUGGAUUUUCCACCAAUGUUUAUCAACAGUGGUAAUGGGGAGGAGAGCAGAGAACAACACAAUCUAAAAGAAAGAAAGCGAAGGGCCAGAAUUAAAGAUGCCUGUGAAGUGAUGAGAAAACUGGUUCCUGGUAUGUCCGAUAAAACUGAUAAAGCAACAGUAUUUGAGUUUGCUGCAAGAUAUAUUCAUUUCCUGAAAGGCUUUACAGGAAACAAACAUGACAAGGAUUUCUUACUGAAGUAUAGUCCAUACUGAGAGGAUGCACAUUUUUGUGAUGGUCACACUGGAGACAUCAAUGGAUUGCAGGACAAGUUUACAAGAGUUGUAUGUCACUACAGUUUGAUCUACUGAUAAAACUUGUUAAUAUAUCUGUGAUUGAUUCGUCAACAGAAUUUGUUAAAAGAUAAUGUAGUUUUUUAAUGAUAUUUGUUUUGACUAAAUCAUUUUGAAGAAUAUUGUUACACACUUAAUGUGAUAGCUGUUUGCAGUAAUAUAGAAAGAAGGUAAUAAAUACAUUUUUGACCGUUAUCUUUUAUAUAUUUCAACCUUUUUAUAUAUAAUAAUGAUCUAAUAAAAUAAUAUAAACUUCUA